CCGCCCUCACCCUCACGUCGCCAGCAGUCCACGGCCACCCCACCGCACCACCACACUCCAGUACUCCGCUCCACUGAAGUCCACCACCUCCCCAAAUCCCAACCCCAACCCUCAAACCCCCAAACACACCACACCACAAUGCCGCACCGCCACCGCCUCCUCCCCCUCCUCCCGCUCCUAGCGGCCAUCGCAGCGGCCGCCUCCGCGGCUGGGGUCGCCUCCGGUGCCGCAUCGCACUCGCAGCCCACGCCGCCAGCGCCGGUCCAAGCCGUGGCCCCGUCCGCGCUCCUCGCCGCCUUCCUCGCCAAGGCUGACCCGUCCUCCCACCUGCGCGCCCCCCCGACCGCCUCCCCCUGCUCCCAUCCGGGGGUCUCCUGCAGCGCGGCGGGCCAGAUCACCCGCCUCGUCCUCGAGUCGGCGGGCCUCAACGGGACGUUCCCGCCCGCCACGCUCUCCCGGCUCGCCGAGCUCCGCGUGCUCAGUCUCAAGUCCAACGCGCUCCACGGCCCCGUCCCCGACCUCUCCCCGCUCGCCAACCUCAAGGCGCUCUUCCUCGCGGGGAACCGCUUCUCGGGGCCCUUCCCGGCCUCGCUCGCGUCGCUGCGCCGGCUCCGCUCCAUCGACAUCUCCGGGAACAGGCUCUCCGGCGCGCUCCCUCCCGGCAUUGAGGUCGCGUUCCCGCAUCUCACGUCCCUCCGCCUCGACGUCAACCACUUCAAUGGCUCCCUCCCGGCGUGGAACCAGUCGUCGCUCAAGGUGCUGAACGUGUCGUUCAACAACUUCUCCGGGCCCGUGCCGGUCACGCCCGUCAUGACGCAGAUGGGCGCCGCCGCGUUCGUAGGCAAUCCUGGGCUCUGCGGCGAGGUCCUGCGCCGCGACUGCCGCGGAUCUCACCUCCUCUUCUUCCACGGGGGUGGCAACAACGGCACCGCCGCUCCCCCAGUGCAGAGCGCUGCCGCGAGUGACAGUGGCCCGCAGCGAGAGAGCUUGAGCAUGCCGGAUUCGUCCGAGCCACGCGCGAAGAAAGUGAGGAGGAGGACCACGAUGGCUGUUGCGGUUGCCGUGGGGGCGUUCCUGGCCGUGCUUCUCGCUUGCGCCGUGAUUGCAAUGAAGAGGAGCAAGAAGCGGAGGCGCCCGAGCUCGGCGGCGUACGCAAGCUCCAAGAAGAGCGCAGCCGCGUCAGACGUGAGCAGGGACAAUGCCGACAUUGGCUACGUGGAGUGCGUGUCCGAUGAGGAGACGGCGGCGAUUAUGGUGCCGGAGGAGAAGGCGCGACGGCUGGAGCGGAGCGGUUGCCUAACAUUCUGUGCGGGCGAGGCGGCGAGCUACAGCCUCGAGCAGCUGAUGCGCGCUUCGGCAGAGGUGCUCGGCCGCGGGAGCGUGGGGACGACGUACAAAGCGGUGCUCGACGGCCGGCUCGUGGUGAUUGUGAAGAGGUUGGACGCGGCCAAGAUUGGCCCGGCGGCGCUGGAAGCUGAGGCGUUCGAGCAGCACAUGGAUGCCGUUGGGCGCCUGCGGCAUCCUAACCUUGUGCCGCUCCGGGCAUUCUUCCAGGCCAAGGAGGAGCGGCUGCUGGUGUACGACUACCAGCCCAAUGACAGCCUCUACUCUCUCAUCCAUGGUUCAAGGUCAUCACGGGCAAAACCACUUCACUGGACUUCAUGCCUGAAGAUAGCAGAAGAUGUUGCACAGGGCCUUGCUUACAUUCAUCAAGCGUCUCGACUUGUCCACGGAAACAUCAAGUCCUCUAAUGUUCUGCUCGGUUCGGACUUUGAGGCUUGCCUUACUGACAAUUGCUUGUCAUUCCUCCUGGAAUCAUCAGAAGUCAAAGACGAUGCUGCUUAUAGAGCGCCAGAAAACAUGAAGUCCAACAGAAUGCUAACUCCAAAAUCAGACAUAUAUGCUUUUGGCGUCCUCCUCCUUGAGCUCCUUAGCGGAAAGCCACCACUUCAGCACUCAGUUUUGGUCGCAAAUAAUCUUCAAACGUAUGUCCAAUCAGCAAGAGAGGAUGAAGGAGUGGACAGUGACCGCAUCUCAAUGAUUGUCGACAUAGCCGCUGUUUGCAUUCGGUCCUCACAAGAAAGUCGGCCUACCGCCUGGCAAGUCCUUAAGAUGAUUCAAGAAGUGAAGGAAGCAGAUACAACUGGUGAUAAUGACAGUGAUCUUACCAGCAAUUCCUAGUUAUUACCUGGAUGGAUCCAUAUCGAGUGGAUAAUUCGAAUUGACCAAUCAGUGCUACUGUAGGAGCUUGGCUACAUGUGUGCUGGAUGGAUCCAUGUAGUGGAUAAUUCAAAGUGAAGAUCAACUCUGGUGUAGGAGAAUGGCAAUAGGAUCAAUGGAUCAUGAUCUCUGUGAUUGGUAUUGUUUUGAGCUGCGGAUUCUGUAACAUAUUUUAGGAUUUCUGUAGUGCCAGCAUGUUCUGGUCUAUUGCUACCAUGAGCAAUUUUAGCGCCUGUCUGUUAUGUGUAAGUUUAUUAGGCAUUAUAGUAGUCAAGUGACCACACCAGUGUGUCGAGUUAUGAUCUGGAUCUAAAUUCUAUUAUUACCAAGUACUGAGAUAUCUUUACGGUA